AAGUUUAUAAUGUACUGACAUCUCAGGUUUUCAAAAAGAAAUGCACUUGAGGCGGUACUUACCACUUACGCUUCCCAAAACAUUGCCCACGUUUUAGCACGUACACGCCACACACUUGCACGUACGGCGGGUUGUGCCCUUAGCUUUAUGUAGUGUAUUUAUAGUUCAAACUUGGUCCCCUGUAACCAAAUAGUAACCGCUGAAUAUACAGCUGAUGUAACUCUAAAUGAAUACAUCAUAGUAUCAUACAGUCUCUCUUGGCCUCUGUGUUCCGAACAGGAAGGCACUACAAGUAAACUCUCAGGAAAACUGUAGGACCAAGACAAGCACCUGCCAAAAACAACUAUGAUGAAUGACCAUGCCAUUGACGUGGGUGAUGACGUCGUGAGUGAUGACGUCAUGAGACAUGAUGACGUACCCGAUGAGCUGAUGUCGGUAGUGACGAGUCUGACGUCACCGCGCAGAUAUGUGCCGCAGUGGUACGUGUACGAUACACGCGGGUCGGAGCUGUGUGAGCAACUGAUACAGAAAUCGGAGACCUACAAACUCUGGCGGCACGAGUACAGCAUACUUCAGACCUACGCAGACGACAUUGCCGGGAAAGUCUCGUCCCCGGCCGUUCUUGUGGAUCUCGGCAGCGGGGGGUCCUCCAAAACCCGCCUGGUUAUCGAGGCUAUGCUGAAGCGGCACGGGCGCCUCACGUUUGUACCAGUGGACAUGGCGAAGGAGUUUAUCUUGACGUGCGGGCGGCAGCUGGAGACAGACUACCCGGGCCUGACUGUGGAGCCGUACGGCGGGUUGUACAUGGACGGGGUGCGGCAUGUCGCCGCCAGGAAGGAGCCCAAGUUACUGCUGUUCCUGGGCAGCAGCUUCAGUAACGUCUCCAUCCAUGAUCAGGUGCAGAUGCUACAGGACAUCCGGGCUCAGCUAAAUGAGCGGGACAGGUUGGUCCUCGGAAUGGACAUGAACACUGACCGAGAGGCCUUGUCUCAGGCGUACGGGGAACAGUGGGCACCGAUAUGGCGGGACAACCUCAUCUCACGCUUCAAUAAGGAUUUUAACGGAAAUAUGGACGCUGAGAAGUUUGAGUACAGGUGCGAAUUUGUGGAGAACCCUCCGAGCGGAGACACUCCGAGCUACGUGGUGAAAUCUCUGACCAGUUCCGAAAAACAGCGGGUGCGCUUUGAAAAAAUCGGCCUCGACAUUGACUUCGAAGACGGAGAAAAGAUUUAUUUCUACGAGGGGCCGAACACCAGCUGCAAGUGGAACCUGCGACAGCUGCGCCGCCUAGCGGAGAAGAGCGGCUUUGCAGUCGAUGAGCACUGGACCAAUGAUGUGGAGAAUUAUUGCGUCAUCUGCUUGGCGCCAGCAAAUAUCAUUCAUGCUUCAUUUCCUCGAUCUGAGUAGGAUGGAUAACUUUAUGUGUCUGGGACGUCGACAAAAGUUUCUUCGAGGGAUGGGCAUAAAAAUUUGAUAAUAUGUUAGUUAGGCUGUGUUGGCUAGAUUAUAUGAACGACAUCCUCUGAGAACCUCAGAACUGAUGCGAGUGUGCGAAAAAAGAGGCUUUAAGCCUAGAUUCUAUUGAAUAGUUUCAAGUGUGAAUACAAUGUCAACUAAAAUGGUUUAGGGUGAAUCAUUUUUUGUGUUAGAGAAUUUUGUAUUUUGGAUGUGUAACUGAUUAACCACGUUAAAUUUGUAAAGAAUAAAUUCAACUAAGUGCUUUAAAUUUGGUAAAAGUUGACAGUCAGUUUGCAAAACAGCCGGUAAUGGCGAAACUGGUUGAGAAAUUCCUGUUUGUUGAACGUUUUGUGCCAAUCUGUACGACGCCAGCACAAAUGUUGAUUGCAUAAAAUUCAUUCAGCACCAAGGACAGGACAACCUUUCUCAGUAGUGUCAUUAGUAAACACUGGUCCCACGCCUGGGGAGCGAGGCUAGCUGUUGAUGCCCCGUAUAUCAACUCUGUUGCUGGAGUAGGUUUUCUUUUCAAUUCAAGAGCACGUGAAUAAACAGGAUCCCUGUCAAUUGUGUGUGUAAUGCCCCGUAUAUCAACUCUG